AUGAAAAAGUACUACAACCCAGAGACCAAAAACUUGGACAUUGAUUGUUACUGUUCGGCAUUGAAGUUGGCCGAGCCCCAGUCUGUGUUUAUCAUCCAUGCAUGUGCUCACAACCCAACAGGGGGUGAUCCGAGUAAGGAGCAAUGGCAAGAACUUGCGCGUCUCUUUAAAGCGAGGCAGUUGUUCCCACUUUUUGACGCCGCUUUUCUAGGGUUCAACUCCGGCAAUGUUGAUAGUGAUGCCUUUGCCGUUCGACUAUUAAUCGAGAAAAUGAGGUUGGAAGCUGGAGUGUGUCUGUCUUUUGCGAAAAACAUGGGUCUUUGUGGUAUCUACCCGUGCCAGGGUCAGUCCGUUGUCGAAACGAUGGCCAAUAACAUUCGACAGGGGGAACGAGUCGGCUGCUUUUUUCUGGCAACGAGCACCGAAAAAGCGGCGAUGAAGACCCAAUAA